AUGACGGAUAGACUAACACAACUGCAGAUAUGUUUGGAUCAAAUGAUGGAGCAAUUCUGUGCAACGUUGAAUUAUGUGGACAAGAAUCACGAUUUUACACCACUUCAUGAAGGUGAAUUGAAGAUGGCCGAUAAACAUGCAACUAUUGCAACUGAGGAAGAUUAUACGAAUACUAUCGAUGAGUUAUCGACUGAUAUAAUAUUGAAAACGCGACAGAUUAUGAAAUUGAUAGAUUCUUUGCCUGGGGUGGAUGUUUCUGCGAAUGAACAACUGGCGAAGAUCAAUUCGUUACAACAGAAGUUAGUGGAUGUGGAAGAACAAAAACUAGAAGCUAUCAAGAAAAAAGAGUCUCUGUUGAAAGACGUUAACGGGUUGAUUGAGACAUUUGUUUCUGGAAUUGCUGAAUCGAGGAAAAGUCAGAAUUAA